CUGAGAAGAAAGAAGCCGGUGCCAGCCGCGUGAUACCGACAUACCGUGAACAUGCCCAUACGUGAUCACAGAGAUUCUGGUAAACACGUGCAGUGUUUCAAAAGUUACUAACGGACACAGAUCCAAGCAGUUGCGACUUGCGAGAUGCAUUCGACGAAGAGUAGCACCAGCGAUAAUAUCAAUAUCAAUAUCAAAUCAAAAGAUAAAGAAAUCCAUCGAUGCUACCAUAACUACCGAAAGAAGAGAAAGCGUCCUUGCCAAGACGCUGUGGCUCCCACCACGGAAGACGACAACUGCUGCACCAAGGCCGCCGCCGCAUCACACGGUUUCAUAUCCGUUAUAGGGCGGCGGCGCGUGAUGGAGGAUGCAGUGAAGGUGGUUACCGGUUUGGUGGCGGCGGAACAACACUGUGGCGGUUACGAUUUCUUCGCGGUUUACGACGGCCACGGAGGGACCUUGGUGGCCAACGCUUGCCGCGACAGGCUGCACUUGUUGCUGGCGGAGGAAGUAGUGAGGGGGACCGCAGCAGACAAAGGGCUGGAUUGGUGCCAGGUGAUGUGUUCCUGUUUCAUGAAGAUGGACAAGGGAGUUGGUGAGGAGAACGAUGAUGGCGGCGGAAACACCAUGGGUUCGACGGCGGCGGUGGUGGUGGUCGGAAAGGAGGAGAUUGUGGUGGCCAAUUGUGGAGACUCGAGGGCGGUGUUGUGCCGUGGCGGGGUAGCUGUGCCACUUUCACGUGACCAUAAGCCUGAUCGUCCUGAUGAAAAAGAGAGGAUAGAAGCGGCAGGUGGCAUGGUCAUUAAUUGGAACGGAAAUCGUGUUUUGGGAGUACUUGCUACUUCCAGAUCCAUAGGGGAUCACUGCAUGAAACCUUUUGUGAUUUCACAACCAGAGACCAAGGUGUACGCACGAAAAGAGUCAGAUGAGUUUGUGGUAGUGGCGAGUGACGGGCUGUGGGAUGUAGUGUCUAACAAGUUUGUUUGUGAGGUUGUACGAGGUUGCCUCCAUGGGAAAAUGAGGAGGAAUUUUAAAGAGGACUCCAUUAUAAGCUAUGCAACAGAAGCUGCAGCGUUGUUGGCUAAGUUGGCUAUGGCUCGUGGAAGCAAAGACAACAUCAGUGUCAUAGUCAUCCAACUCAACACUACUACAACUUGAUCGUUGCCAUAUUCAAGCUCUUAUUUUAACUUUUCGCGUCUAAUUUUCCAAAGUUGUCCUGUAUUAUUCAUUUCAAUGUAGUGGGAAUGCUCUUUACUAAUUUUCAACAGCCAGAAAUAUGUUUCUAUAA